AUGAUGAGCCUAGCUCCAGUUGAUGUUUGGAUAGAAUCGGUAACUGGUGAACGUUGGUCGGAACGAGUUCGACUAUUUGAAACUAUAGGCGAGUUGAAGAAACGUGUAUGGCGACGUAAACGGAUCAUACCGAGCAGACAGGCUAUCGUAUUCGGUGGCCGAUCUUUGCCAGAUGAAGUUGAGAUGGACACGGUUGGUGUGCGUGCUGACUCAACAUUGAAAUUGUUAGUGGUGGCCAAAUCGGGUCCGUUAACAGGGCGAGAAAGAGAUGAGCAACUGCUGCUCAGCGAUGAUGUGAGCGAUCGUGAGCAUAGACGACAGAGUCGCAGAGGAUGUAGCGCCGCUGAAGAUACAAGCGCCAAAGAAAGUAGUGCUGGUGAAACAGAACGCGAGCAUGAUGUGGGCUAUGAGCGGAAGUUGGCAAGAAUUGCAGGCACCUCGGCCGCAGUCAAUUCCAGACACGUGCGUCGUACUCGAACGAAUAGUCAGGGCGCUCCUAAAGAUCUCCCUUCGUAUGCUGAAGGCUGUACUCCGUUAAUCAGUGUCACUGGUCCCCAAACAAGCGCAGUAGUGUCGAACUCAAUAGGAGCGCUAACGGAGGCGCUGGAGAAGCUAGAGAAUUUACGAGUAGAAUCACCGACUGGCGACGAGGUACUGUCGGAGGACCCAUCAGAACUGUCAUCUGGCAUGAUUGUAUGCGAUUUGACUAACGAGUUUCGGCGACAAAAGGUGCGACGACAUCGGCAUCCUCCCGUGCCAUCGACGUGCCGCCAACGAGCUCGCAGCAAACCGCGCAUAGCUCAUCGUGAGCGAUCGUCAUCUGAUGAUAAUGAAGCUAGUCAAGCUGAACCAGUUACUUUUGCGCUACCAGCACGCCGUGGAGUUUCGACUAGAUCCGUACGACCAAUGGCAAUGCGAGGCGGUGCGGCACGAUGUAAUGUCUGUGCUUUUCGAAUAAACAGCGCGUUCAAUUGCAGGUCAGUAACUUCUUAA